ACUUCUGCUGCCACCGCCGCCUUGAAUGUGGAUUUUGACGCGCGUCCUUCUUCGGAAGAGGCUGCAUUCUUCCGUGCCCGGGGUCACUCGACCGUCACGUCUCCGCCACCUUUCGCCAUGAAGUGCUGCUUCGGCGAGAAACCGAAGACCUUUCACUGCAAGGUGGUGCUCCUGGACGAAACUGAACUCAUACAAGAGAUACAGAGCACUUCCCGAGGCCAGGAUCUUCUGGAUGUGGUCUACAAGCACCUGAACCUGCUGGAAACAGCGUACUUUGGUCUUCGCUUCGUCGACACCCUGGCGCAGACGCAUUGGCUCGACCCCAACAAGAAGAUCCACAGACAAGUCAAAGGCAUGCAGACGUUCACAUUUUACUUCGGCGUCAAGUUCUACACGCCGGAUCCGUGCAAGCUGCUAGAGGAGAUCACGAGGUAUCAGUACUUUCUGCAAGUGAAGCAAGAUAUAUACCAUGGUCGGCUGCCCAUCAACUUUGACUUGGCUGCUGAACUUUUUGCUCUAGCCAUACAGUCUGAGCUUGGUGACUACGAUCCUAGACGGCAUCAACCUGGUUAUGCCUCGGAGCUUCGUUUUCUGGUAAACCAGACACCAGAACUAGAAGAAAAGGUUGCAGAGUUGCACAAAGGGCUGAGAGGCCAAGUUCCAGCAGUUGCUGAAAUGAAUUUCCUUGACAAAAUCAAGUGGCUGGACAUGUAUGGCGUGGACCUCCACCCUGUUAUUGGUGAAGACCACACAGAAUACUUCCUAGGCCUGACUCCCAGUGGUGUUGUAGUGCUUCGGAAUAAGACCAAAGUUAGCAACUACUACUGGCCACGUAUCACCAAGGUCUCUCACAAGGGAUGUUACUUCAUGCUUCAAGUUCAUGACAAAACAAAUGAUGACAGCACAUAUGGAUUUGAGCUAGCCACUAAGCAAGCAUGCAAGCAUCUGUGGAGGUGCUGUGUUGAUCACCAUUCUUUCUUCAGGCUCACCCAGACACCUGAAAAUGCUAUUGCGUCAAAGUGCUUUGGGUGGGGAGGAAAGCUUAGGGUCAGCACACGCAGAGAACGGCCAAAUCCAGGCAGCUUCAAAAUACAGCCCCGACAGCAGCCGACAUUUGUGCGAGUGCCAAGCAGGCGAUACCAGCGACGGCUUGGACAGCCUGAUGGUGCUGAUGCAGGAACACAGGUCGAGGAAGAAGGAAAACAUGUGGCUGACCACAGGAAUGGAAGCCACUGGGCUCACACGGCUCUCUUGUCACCGUCAUCUAUGUCACUUCACCACAGUUCCCCUUUGCCAGCCACUUCAACACCAGUAACGGCAGGGAACCAGUCAGUGCCACCUUGGGAAGAUCCAAAACAGAGGGGUCUCUACUCAAGUUCAACAAACCCUUCACCACGGUCUAUUCGAAGCUCUGGGUCCAGGCACUGCCGGUCAUCAUCCACUGAGGGAGACUGCAGGCGAAGGCGGCAUCACAGCCGACGAGGUUCAGAUAAUGAGAGCGAAGUGUCCAAGUCCUCUCGUAGCUCUCGAGCAUCCAAGUGCUCCCGAGCAAGCAGCGGAGGUUGCCGGCACAGCUGCCAUUCAAGAGACAGCGGGAGCGAAUCUGAUCACCACCACCAUAGGCACAAGCAUCGGCAUCACAGGAGACAUAGGUCAUAUGAACUGAUUGAUUCUGAAGCUCAGUGGAAAGAAGUCCAGAAACAGCAGCAAGCUCUCAAACAGCCCCAGAGUGCCGUUGUGCGGGAUCUGUCGGGAAGGAAAAGUGGGUACAUGCAGUCAGGCAUGGAAACAGAGUCAGAGGCCCAGUAUGCUCAAAGGAAAAAGCACAGGAGGCAUCACUCUCGUUCCAAGUCACCGGAUGUCAAAAGGUCCAUUCCUGAAGAUGUGAAAAAGCAUAUUGCGUAUCACUUGAUUGAUCCUGUGACACUUACCGAGGAAGAGAAGAAGGACAUCAAGUACACAAAAGUGGAAACUGACUCCAGGCUCUUCAAGAUCCGUUACUCGCCCACAGCAGGCCGGCCAAACUACAGGAUGGCUAAGAUUUCCUCCAGCCGUGUGGCCAGGGAGAACAAGAAUGGCCAAGAGGAAGAAGACGGGCCCCCUCCACCUUAUUCAACGCUGCAUUCAUCUCCUGCUGCACGGGCAGCCGAAGCCACCUCCAUGAAAAUGCCACUGGAGCUGCCCUCAGCAUCUGGGCCUUACGAGCCAUCACCCGAGAUGACGAGGGACACAUUUCCACACCCGUUGAUGACUCCUGUGUCAAACGGGGCACCACUCAUGAAUUCUGGUGUGGCUGGGAGAGCAUCCACUAGCCAUGGAAAGCUCUUCACGUCCAGAGCAUCUUCCACGAGCAACCUUCUGGCACCCACAACAACCACGUCACCUUGCAUGACAAACUUGGCAAAUGGUGGCGUCUCCUACAAAUCAUUCACAGAAUCUUCACUGACAGCAUUGAACGAAAGUCCUCGACUGACAUCUCUAGCACCACACCUAAUGCUUUCAACAAGGUUUGGCAGCUCUGAGGAAGAGACGGCCAGUGAGCUACUGCCACCAGUAACCAGCAGUGGGCCACGCGUCACUUUCCAGACUCCCACAGUGGCCACUUACUCUAGGGUUUAUUCACGUUCACCGUCAUGGAAUGUUUGGAGCCCAGAGGCAAGCACCAGUGACACAAUUCCAAAGAGCCCGCUGUCUGGGUGCCAUGAAAUGAGUACAGAGUUGUGACAUAUCGCCCUGAAUGGAUUUCCUAUCCCCUAAGUGAAUGCAAAGAAAAGCA